GAAAGAGUGGGGGCGUGCUCGUGAAAACUGACAGUUUCGUAUAUUUGUCAUUUGAUGGAAAAAUUCUCAGUGGGCUCUCAAAAGCUUCAUCUCCUCCAAUCCUCAGAACGACUUGCCAACUGAGCAAAGACUUCUCCAUUCCCAUUUCUCCUCUCCGCGUUUUUUUCCCUCUCUGAUUCUGAGCUUAAAACCCAACAGCCCAGAAUCAGCUUUUUCUGAAGGAAUCCACGACCAUGGCUGUUCCCAUUUUCAGAUUACCCUCUAACCUCCCUCUUCUCGCCAUUUUUCUGGCCUUCUCCAGCCUCUUUACUUCAACAGUGGCAUAUGAUCCACUUGAUCCAAAUGGAAACAUUACUGUCAAAUGGGAUGUUAUUAGCUGGACUGCUGAUGGCUAUAUUGCUGUCGUUACGUUGUAUAAUUUCCAACAGUAUCGGCAUAUUCAAGCACCGGGGUGGUCUCUGCAAUGGAAAUGGGCAAAGAAAGAGGUAAUAUGGAGCGCAAUGGGAGGCCAAGCAACAGAGCAAGGUGAUUGCUCCAGAUAUAAAGGGAACAUUCCCCAUUGCUGCAAGAGGGAUCCAACCAUUGUCGAUCUAUUGCCUGGAACUCCUUAUAACCAGCAGAUUGCGAAUUGCUGCAAAGGUGGAGUUCUCAACUCCUGGGUGCAAGAUCCAGCCUCUGCAGUGAGCUCAUUUCAGCUCAGUGUUGGUGCAGCUGGAACCUCGAAUAAAACUGUCCGACUACCUAAGAACUUCACCUUAAAAGCACCCGGGCCUGGUUAUACUUGUGGGCCUGCAAAAAUUGUUAAACCUACCAAAUUCAUUUCCCCCGACAAACGGAGAGUUACGCAGGCCUUGAUGACAUGGAAUGUUACGUGCACAUAUUCACAAUUUCUGGCCCAAAAAACUCCCUCUUGCUGUAUCUCGCUCUCGUCGUUCUACAACGACACCAUUGUUUCUUGUCCAAAAUGUUCCUGUGGCUGCCGAAGCAACAUGUCCGAAUCUGGAAGUUGUGUCGAGGCAAAUUUUCCACAUUUAGCCUCUGUUGUUACUGGUUCUAGUUCUAGUAAGAACAAUUUGGCACCUCUGGUUCAGUGUACUGCCCAUAUGUGCCCAAUUCGAGUUCACUGGCAUGUGAAGCUUAACUAUAAGGAGUACUGGCGCGUGAAGAUCACAAUUACAAACUUCAACUACAGGAUGAACUAUACAAAUUGGAACUUAGUUGUCCAACAUCCCAACUUCCAUAAUCUAACGCAGAUUUUCAGCUUCAACUACCAGUCAAUCAACCCCUACGGAAAAAUAAAUGACACUGCAAUCCUGUGGGGAGUCAAGUUCUACAAUGAUCUCCUGAUGCAAGCAGGCCCUCUAGGGAAUGUGCAGACUGAGCUACUUUUCCGAAAGGAUCAAUCGAUUUUCACGUUUGAUAAAGGCUGGGCUUUCCCUCGAAGGAUCUACUUCAACGGCGAUAACUGUGUCAUGCCGCCUCCAGAUGCCUAUCCCUGGUUACCAAAUGCAGGUUCUAAGCGAGGUGUCUCGUUGUUCACUAACCUAUUGUUGAUGUCCUUGACUCUCCUGUCCUUUCACUAUUCAUUUGCAUAACGCUUUCCCUGGAUACUCGAGUCAUUCUGAAGUUUUGAAGUGGAUCAGUCUGGCCCUUAUGAUAAUUCAAAGAACCGACAAAUCCCAUGGAUAUGGAUGAUGACAUUUAACUACUAAGAUGGUUGUUUGUGUUUCAGCUGAACACUGAUGAUUGAAUUCUCUUUGUAAAUGUUGUAUUAUAUUACAGAAUGUAUCAACUUUCUAAUAUUUCCAUGUCCGUGUUGAGAUACUGUUUAACGGUGGGAACUCUGAACAUUUAUACAUAGCCAUUGUUACCAGUAAA